CGCCCAGUUCGAUCGGCAACGGGAAGGGAGAAAAGCAAGAAGAGAGCCCGAAGGCAGCAGCCCCACCACCGCCGGCCCAGGUUACCAUCUAGCACCGGGAAAACAAACUAGAGAGUCACCGCCGGCACAAGUUUAAGUCACCAGACACCAACAUGAGCAGCGAGGCCGAGACGCAGAAGCCGCCACAGCCUGACGAAGAGGAGAGCCCAUCUAGCCCGGCGACAGAAAAUACUGCGGGGGAUAAGAAGGUCAUCGCAACUAAGGUCCUGGGGACUGUGAAGUGGUUCAACGUGAGAAAUGGCUACGGUUUCAUCAACAGGAAUGACACAAAGGAGGAUGUCUUUGUGCACCAGACAGCGAUCAAGAAGAACAAUCCCAGGAAGUACCUUCGCAGUGUGGGAGACGGAGAGACGGUGGAGUUCGAUGUCGUAGAGGGGGAAAAGGGUGCAGAGGCAGCUAACGUGACGGGCCCGGACGGGGUCCCCGUCCAGGGCAGCAAGUACGCGGCGGACAGGAACCGCUACAGGAGAUACCCGCGGCGCCGCGGGCCCCCCCGCGGCGGGGACUACCCGCAGGGUUACCAGAGCGAUGGCGAGGGGGAGGGCCAGGAGAAGAGGGAGGGGGGAGACAGCGCCCCCGAGGGGGACAUGCAGACGCAGCAGCGCCGGGCGUCCUUCCCCCCCCGCCGCCGCUACCCGCCCUACUUCGUCCGCAGGCGCUACGGCCGCCGCCCGCCCUACACCAACGCCCCGCGCGGGGAGAUGCCCGAGGGAGUGGACGGGGACGAGAACCGGGCCGGACCAGACCAGGCCAACAAACCCAUGAGGCAGAACUACUACCGAGGCUUCCGCCCAAGGGGUGGCCCCCGUCCCAGACCCCCCCGCGAGGGUGGCAUCGGCGAGGAGGACAAGGAGAACCAGUCCGACGGCGCUAAGAGCCAGGACCCCGAGCAGCGCCGGUACCGCCGUCACUUCAACUACCGCCGCAGGCGCCCCCAGACCACCAAACCCUCCGAGGGCAAGGAAGGCAAGCCGGCCGACGCGCCCGCCGAGAAGCCCAGCGCUCCUGAGGCCGGGACUGGCGGGGCUGAGUAACACCGGAGUACCACCUGUACCACCCCCGGUUUUGUGAACAUCCUAAAGAACCAUCCUUAAGAUCUGAGCAAUAAGAAACGGGUCUGAACGGACCCCUGAAAGCUCGCACCACGCGUUUGACCAGAAGACCGCCUGCCUGCAGAGUCUAUGCAGCCCCACCCUAACCAGCGCUUCUACCAGACCGCUAAAAAAAAGAAAAAAAUGAUUUUAUCGGGGGGAAAAAACAGCAGAUUAUUUUGUAAAUCGGUCUCGUUUUUACACCAAAUGGUUUUUAAGAUGUUAUUUGAUAUCUGGUCAAUUUGACAUUUUUUUAAAAAGAAAAUGUUUUUAUGUAUACAACAUGAAUUUUAAAAUGGAAGGCGAGCGCAAAAUAAAAGUCAAAUGCAAA